AUGGUUAAGUGCUACCGAGCUCGUGCAGCUGAAUCGCAGUGUGUGCGCAGGACGUGGAUGCUUGGGCACUGCUGGAGCAAGGGACAGUCCUGUGCCAGAGCCAUGGAGCAGCGGGGAGAGUCAGGGCUGGCAUGCACAAGGCACAGCCCUGGGAUGUGGGGGCUGCCAGAGGUACAACGCAGGGCAGAGAGAGCCUGCUGGCGGAGCCAGGGAGCGGUGCUGGGCAGAAAGAGGAAGAUCAGUCCUGCAUGGGUGAAGGAGAAAGGCCAGCUGAAGUUGUCUAUCGAGGUGCAGGACCGCUCCCUGAUGCUGCAUGUCGUGGAAGCAAAAGGUCUGAUGGGGACAGAGUACCGGCCGUGCGACUCCUACGUGAAGAUGUCAAUUGUGCCAGAUGCCGACGGGAAGUGCAGACAGAAAACAAAGACUGUGCCAGACAGCAAAAACCCAGUCUUCCACGAGCACUUUGUCUUCCUGGUACAGGAGGAGGAUGAGCAGAAACGUCUUCUGGUCACAGUCUGGAACCGAGAGAGAGAUUGCAGGCAAAGCAAACUGAUUGGGUGCAUGAGCUUUGGUGUGAAGUCCCUCCUGACCCUGGACAAGGUACCUUCAUCUGGAGCACUGUGUGCAGGAUUGGGUUGAG